CGCUGCCUCUAGGGAUGCUACCGCCAAGGACGCCUUCACGCCCCAGAACCUGAGAACCCAGCCCAUUGGUGGGUGAUGUCGUCACUCAGAUGGCGUCACCCGCGAGGAAAGAGGCGGAGCCAUAGAGACGGCCUCGGGCCCUUCUAGCUUGGGGAGUUGUGGAAGGGGGCCUCGGGAAGGGACUGGAGGACCGAGGCAGCCGUUCCCGGGAGCCCGCCAGAGGAGGUCCCUAUGUUGACUGGUUGAGACAAAUAUAAAUAUGGCCUUCUACUGUUAUUAUACAGUCUUAGCUAUUGCCCGAACAAGAUUCCCCAGCCAGUUUGUUCAUUCUACCUGCUCUUAUUUCCCAUCACUUACAUUUCUUCACUUGCCAGAUUCCCAUUUAAAUAAAACAUAUAUGAAGAACUAUGGAAGCAAGAAACACUCCUAUCCUAGUCAGUCAGGCAAUAAUGUAGUACUUCAUUUACGAACUAGAAUAAUACAAAAAUUACACACAUCAACUUGCUGGCUACAAGAGGUCCCUGGCAAACCUCAGCUGGAGCAAACCCACAAAAAGCCACAAGUGACAAGCCCUCAGCCCACAAAAAAACCUGGUAUGAAGACUAAGGAAGAAAAGCGAUCUUACAGACAAAGAAUUAUGGAUGAACUUAAAUAUUAUUACAAUGGAUUCUAUUUGCUUUGGAUUGACACCAAAGUUGCUGCCAGAAUGAUUUGGAGGCUGUUGCAUGGACAGGUGCUGACCAGACGAGAGAGACGAAGGCUAUUGAGGACUUGUGUUGAUUUCUUCCGCUUGGUUCCAUUUAUGAUGUUCAUAAUUGUACCCUUCAUGGAAUUCUUAUUACCAGUGUUUCUGAAAUUCUUCCCAGAGAUGUUGCCAUCAACUUUUGAAAGUGAAUCCAAAAAGGAAGAAAAACAGAAAAAGAGAAUGGCUGCAAAAUUGGAACUAGCAAAAUUUCUUCGAGAAACAAUUACAGAAAUGGCAAAGAGGAACAGGGCAAAACUAGGAGAGGCCUCUACACAGUUCUCAUCCUAUGUCAAACAGGUGCAGACAGGCCACAAGCCCAGCACAAAGGAGAUAGUUCGUUUUUCCAAACUAUUUGAGGAUCAGCUAAACCUGGAGCACCUAGAUCGACCUCAGCUGGUUGCCCUUUGCAAACUGCUAGAACUACAGUCUUUUGGUACCAACAAUUUGCUCCGCUUUCAGCUCCUGAUGAAACUGAGGUCUAUAAAAGCAGAUGAUGAAAUAAUUGCCAAAGAAGGGGUGAGUGCUUUGAGUGUGUCAGAACUACAAGCUGCCUGUAGGGCUCGAGGGAUGAGAUCACUGGGUCUUACUGAAGAACAACUGAGACAACAGCUCAUGGAGUGGCAGGACCUCCACCUGAAGGAGAAUGUCCCCCCUUCACUUUUGCUCCUGUCACGAACCUUUUACCUGAUAGAUGUGAAGCCAAAGCCAAUUGAGAUCCCACUAAGUGGAGAGGAUGAAAAAUUUAUGCAACUGCCACCAGUUACAUCAUCACCCAAAACACCAUCGACACCUAUUUCCUUACCUAAUGGAUCUGCCACUUCUGCUAAAGAAACGACGCUGCAGGCCAAAUCACAGACGGCCCAAAACAGCAAGGCUAGUUCCAAAGGAGCAUAAGGACCACUGGAGGAUGAAGCUCACUCUCUCCAGCUUCCUGCCCUCAGCAGUGGCAUUCAUAAAGGAUCUCCCAGCUAAGACUGUGUCAAGUUUGAGUAGAGGAUCAGGGGCAGUCCUUAGAGGCCUUGUAAACAUUCCAGAUGAUAUCAGCAGAGAGCAAAUUCAGACCAUUUAGAAAAAUAUAAUUGCAAAGCCCAUUUCCUCUGUAACAUUAUGUCGUCCCACUAAACUUGGUCUAAAGCACCACCCCCUCCACCCCAUGUUGUUUUGAACAGCUUCAUAUUUGUACCCAUGUCCUUUAAGGGAGGAAAUUUUUUGCAUUAUAGCCCUUAGAUAAUUCUGCCUGCUAUGGCUUGGUAACCUGAGUAAGAAUGUGGAAUCUCCAAAACCAUUGUUAAGAGCACCUGACCAACUUUUUCAGCGUGAUUCAUCAGUAGGAAUAGAGCCCUGGAAACAAGGUACUUUAUGAGAUAGAAUGGAUACUCCCCAGUAAGGUCUUUCUGGAUAUAAAGAAAAAAACUUCUCGGAGAAUAAAAUGGGGAGUUAGACUGGCAAUCAGAAAGGUUUGGCUGCUGCUUGGCUGUUGUGAGACUUCCCCUCUGGGCCUGCAGGAAUCUGGGAGGCUGCCACGAUUCUAGCACAUAUGGCUUUCAUUAGCCACCAUUUUGCUAGAAAACAUAAUUAAGGGUUUAAGACUUAACCAUUUGUUUGUGCUGGGUGUGUGUUUUUCUGGUCUGUUUGUCUUUCACAAACAAGGCAAUUUGUUAGUCAUAGGGGUUGUUAAAGUCUGAUAUAAUCCCUAUGCUACCCAGUGACAAAUAUUAUAUCCAGACAUUUGUUUUCUGUAUUGUCAAUACUGAAAAAAACAACGUAAUAGAUUGCUAUGCAGCUGACCAACAGCCUUUUUCCCAUGGGGAGUGCUUAGGAGGGAAAAGGUAUUUUGGCCUGUGGGUGACAAAACUAAACUUCUUUACUUGCUGUGAAAUUGAAAGCAGUUGGAAUGGAAUCAGUCAGACCAAGUAAAAUGCAAAUAUCCUUGUCUGGGAUCACCUAAAUGAGGACUGUCAUCAGCAUUUCAUAGGAAGGAUAUGUGCUUUUAUAAGCUUCCUAAACCUCCUCCAUCAGAGGACAAGCCCCACCAUGUCCUGCUAAUGAACUCCAGUUCCUUGAGAAUAAUGAAUCCCUGCUAUGCAGCAUUCCAUGGAUCUCACCAUUGGCUUAGCAAGGUGAUUCAUAAUA